GCACUGUCUCCCCUCAGACGGAACCUGCUGGGCUGGAAGCAUGAGCUCUCCUAAUGAGGUGUCUGUUAGGGGAAGCGGGUUCGGGCCAGAGAGCGGGGAACACUCAGAAGGACGCCGUUAUAGCCAUGGAUACCUGAGGGGACACGGCCUGAGCCCUAACGAGAGGCUGUUACAGAGCAGCGAGGACAAACUGUGUCUCCCAGUCUCAAAGACUUUCCAGUAUGACUCUUGGUUAGACAGGGAUGAGACGGAGGGAAGGUCAGUCAUUUGGGGCUGCGAAGGUCGGCCUGGCACUCCGGUGGAUGAGAGAGGGGACAAUUUGGACUUUGUACCGCAGCUGGCAGUAGAGGGUACCAGCUUCGGGUCGCAUGCAGCCAAUCGGGAGGCCUGGGGGGUCCACAGACAUCCGUCGCCAAAAAGCUCUGCCGCGGAGCCCUUUGGCAUUUGGGGAGACUCAGAUGCAGGCACAAGAGGGAGAGGCAUGCGGCCCCCGAGCUCUGUGGAAGGGAAGCAGUUCUCAGCUAGCCAACUGCACUCCAGAGGUCUGGGGCGGGGCAGGGCUUGGGUGACCCCAAGAAGAGGUGCCACAAGUAGGAUAAUAGCCAGUGAUGACAUGCAGUAUCCGUCCUCUGACCCUGAGUCUUCUGAUGAGUUCAGUGAGACACAGAUGAUGAGGGUGACCAUUUGCCUCAAAGAAGGAGGCCAGGCCAAGUCCAGUGGCCUCACUGAGCUGGAAGACACAGCUAGACACACGAAUGUCCAAGGCAGGGGAAGUUUUGUCCAUGUGCCCCCCUCUGUACGGGGACUCAGCUCAGGCAUAGAAAAGCAGGCUUCGGGAGACUUGGAAGGAUGUCAGUGUAAGAAAAAGCAAAGUGUGGUCUGGGGCAAAGACGGGAGCAGACUGGGCUACCCAGGAGCUUCUGCUGCCUCUGCCUCUACUCCUGCAGUUGCCUCUGCUGUGGCCUCUGGCCCUGCUCCUAUUGCUAUUGCUUCAGGUACUUUGCCCAAGACCAGUCCUAGAAAGAAGACAGCACAGGAGAAGCCAUUGCAAUGGGAUGCCUCAAGAGGACCCCUGGGAAGAACCUUCCCACCAUGGGGGCAGAGACUCAAGUCAGCUCCUGUGGAACCAGCUACUUUCCCGCCAAUCUCCGGGGUUGCCCUGCUAGGGAAGACUAGUAAAUGCUCACUGCCUUCGGGGCCCAAAGAGUGCAAGCCCUUCUGCACUGGGAAGAGAGCCAUGGCAAAAAAGACAAAGGAAUCCCAGCCAGUGGCCAAAGAAGAUAACGACCAAACCAGAGAUAUUCGACUGCAGGCACAACUUCCAACACACAGGGCAGAGCAACCUUGCACUUGCUUGCAUCGUGGAGAAAUGACCAGUGGAGACCACAACUUCCGAGCACCCCACGUUCCAGGAAACUCCCAGCUCUUGACCUUGAGCCAGAGAAGUGCCAGACCCAGAGCACCUGCACCAGGUGGUGACCAGGAAUUGUCCCUACGUCUCCAACUCCCGGUUGGAGAGAGGCAAUAUCAAACACCAGGAACAAUGGGAUGCCAACAGUGUCUGAUGUUGCAGAAGGAAAUAGAGGAACUCAAGGAACAACUAGGGUAUGACCGACCCAGGGCAGGGAAGUGGUGGUACCAGGGCCACAGGGAGACUUACUGUUGUUUGGGUACAGGUGCCAUCAUGCAGGCCCUCAACGAAAAGUUCCAGGCCCUUUGA